AUGGCUACACCAAUGAAUGACGAUAGUGUCGAAAAACUUCUUGAACCAUUUCGACAAGCAGUUAAAUGUCAAGGUGAUUUGGUUAAAAAAUUCAAAGAUGAUAAUAUAAACAAAGAAGAUGCAGAAUUUAAACAAGCUAUCAAUGAACUUAAAUUACGUAAAAAAGCUCUUGAAGAACAAAUUACUAAAUGGAUGCCAAAAGAAGAAAGUAUCGAUCGAUUGAAAAUGGAAGAUUUACUUAAACGUAGAUUUUUUUAUGAUCAAUCAUUUUCCAUCUAUGGUGGUGUUAAUGGUCUAUAUGAUUAUGGUCCAAUGGGUUGUGCUAUAAAAGCUAAUAUGUUAGCUGAAUGGCGUCGACAUUUUAUACUUGAAGAACAAAUGCUUGAAGUUGAUUGUUCUAUGUUAACACCAGAAAUUGUACUCAAAGCAUCAGGUCAUGUUGAUCGAUUUGCAGAUUUUAUGGUUAAAGAUGCUAAAACCGGUGAAUGCUUUCGUGCUGAUCAUUUAAUUGAAGCUCAUCUUGAAAAAUUGCUCAAAGCAAAAGAUAUAACUCCUGAAAAGAAAACUGAAAUCGAACGUUUAUUACCACAGGUUGAUAAUAUGAAAGGAGAUGAUAUGCAUAGAGUUAUUGUUGAAUAUAAAAUGAAAUCACCAAUAACAAAUAAUGAUUUAUCAGAACCUGUUGCUUUUAAUUUAAUGUUUGCUACUUCCAUUGGUCCUACUGGUCAAUUGAAAGGUUUUCUUCGACCAGAAACAGCUCAAGGCAUGUUUGUUAAUUUUAAACGAUUAUUAGAAUUUAAUCAAGGUCGUUUACCAUUUGCUGCUGCUCAAAUUGGUAAUUCAUUUCGAAAUGAAAUUUCACCUCGAUCAGGCUUAAUUCGAGUUCGUGAAUUUACUAUGGCUGAAAUUGAACAUUUUGUUGAUCCAACUGAUAAAAGUCAUCCUAAAUUUGAAACUGUUGCUAAUCUUGAAGUUCAAUUAUAUUCUGCAUCAAAUCAAAUGAGUGGUGAAUCACCUCAAUUAGUUCGUUUAGGUGAUGCUGUUAAAUCUAAAUUAAUUAAUAAUGAAACUCUUGGUUAUUUCAUUGGCCGUAUUUAUCUAUUUAUGACUCGAGUUGGUGUUGAUAAACGUAAAUUACGUUUUCGUCAACAUAUGAGUAAUGAAAUGGCACAUUAUGCAUGUGAUUGUUGGGAUGCUGAAUGUAAAACAAGUUAUGGUUGGGUUGAAUGUGUUGGUUGUGCUGAUCGAUCCGCCUAUGAUUUAACACAACAUUCAAAAUUUAGUGGUGAAAAACUUGUUGCUGAAAGACCUUUAGCAGCUCCUAAAAAAGUACAAGUUAAUGAAGUACAAGCUCAUUCAAGUAUUAUCGGUAAAUCAUUUGGUAAAGAUACAGGCGCAAUAACACAGUAUUUACAAAAAUUAUCCCAUGAUGAUGCACGAGUUUUACAUGAUAAACUUGAAAAAGGUGAUGAAAAAAUUACAAUUGAUGGUAAAGAAUUUACUAUAACAAGAAAAAUGUUUACAUUUCGAACAUCUGAAAAAACUGUACAAGUUGAAGAAUAUGUUCCAUCUGUUAUUGAACCAUCAUUUGGUAUUGGUCGUAUAAUGUAUUCUAUGUGGGAACAUAACUUUCGUAUUCGACCUGAAAGUGAACAACGAACUUAUUUUACAUUACCACCAUUAAUUGCACCAUAUAAAUGUGCUAUUUUACCAUUAAGUGGUAAUGAAGAAUUUAAACCAUUUGUUAAACAAAUCUCUUCUAUAUUAAUUCAUGCUGGUAUUUCACAUAAAGUUGAUACAAGUAGUGGUACUAUUGGUCGACGUUAUGCACGUUCAGAUGAAAUAGCUAUACCAUUUGCAAUUACAAUUGAUUUUGAUACACUUAAACAACCAUAUACAGUAACAUUACGUGAUCGUGAUACAUUUAGACAAAUUCGUGCUAAAAUCGAUGAAAUGGCAAAUAUUCUCCAAGGUCUUUCAAGUGGUACAAUAACAUGGGGUGAAAUAUGUUCACAAUAUCCAGAAUUUAUUGAACAACAAGCAACAAAAGAACAGCAAUAA